AUGAUGCCAGUGAAGUUGGGGGAUUCUUCCACUGUCAAGGGGGCGAGAAGAUCCCGGAAGGUGCCAGCAACAAUGGACGUGUUUGCCUCCUUUACCUCCCAGCUGUGCGUGAUGCAGCGUCACAGCAGCGGUACGGUGAUUUCCACCCCGCGAAGGCCAAUAAAUGCAAACAACAACAACAACCAAAAUGGGUCCCAUAUGAGUGGCAGCUUGAAGGGGGCCACUCCACGCCCGUACAAAUCCCCUUCAGUUGCACGAGGGAAGAAUGAGUCACGCAGUAGCCGUCCCACCGGUAGGGAAUGCCGCAGGACUGCUGGGUUGUUGCGGCGUAUUCUGCCGAAGACUCCUCCAGAAACAGAGAGAACACCAGUGAAGAGUAGUUCUCUGUCUGGGCCCUCGUAUGAGCAUGGGUCUACUGUUCUGGUAGAGACACCAACAACAGCAACAACAAAAGCGAUGCCUCAUAAGAGGCAAAAUAACAACGCCAUGGUGUGUUCAUCACAGCAAGAGGAGGUAGAAAAUUCUUCGUCACCGCCGCCUCAGUCACCUCAGUCACCCAAUAGUGAUACUAGUAUGGAAAUCAAUGCUAAUACGUUGGCUAAUCACAACAUCCCGUCCGAGUGCUCUAGUCUGAACUCUAGUAUCACGCAGAUACCAAAUGCCGCCGCAGCGAAACGGUAUAUGGACGAGGUGUUGGAAGAAAGGGAAGAUCAGCAAGAACCACAGGGAGAGAAUGGAAUCGUUUGCAAGUCCAAUUUGAAUGAAGCUGACUCGUACACACUAUAUGACGAGGAAGAUGAGGAGGAGGCAGUGUAUCAGUACAUUCAGAAGCAUCAGAAGACAAACGCAUCGUGGAAGGAUGAUACAAAAGAGGGGUUUCCGCUUGAUUCCACGGUGGCAUUGACGUCCAAAACAGCCUUGGGUGCAGAAAAUGGUUCAGCAGGACCUUCUCGCUCUUCUCGUCCAAGGCACCAUUUUUCAUGGGGAUUGUUGAGCCGACAAGCAGUUAUGACGGCAAAAUCGCGUGAUACAACGACUCAUCGUUUUAUUUCACGAAACUCACAAGAAUGCAUUUCAGAUGCAGUUUGCCGCUCCAUGAGUCUGUACAGUGCGUUUUUUCUGGAUGGUGCCAAAAAGGUUUGGCUUGUUGACGAUCGUGUCCUUGCACGGUGCUUGGAAUACGUUGGACUUAUGGGAUAUCAACAAUUGAGGUCAGCUAAAGGCCAAGCAUCGCAAGGUACGCCGUUAGGAAUGGCAGAUUUGGCCUCGCCUAUUAAACAUGCAGCAAAAAGGUUGGUUGAUGAUGCUGGCAGUAUGUCUUCAGCGCGUUGGGCGUUAAAUACGGCGCCAUGCAAUAAAUCUGCUGAAAGAGGUGUUUCUACAUUGUUUAUGCAUCCACGUGAGCCAGAGCGUUGGUUUUCAGAGCAAGAGUACGUGUUAGGUGCCAUUUUUUCCUCUUGCGCGUGGGCCGAUCGUCAUAGCUCAUUUGGUGCAAAUAGUAAUAAUAACAUGGAUGGACAUGUAAAGUCUCAUUUGUCGUUAGACUGGCACCCUAUUCAACAAGCUGCAGCGUUUGUGCUGGAGCGUUUUCCUCACUGGGGUGGUGCAGAGGAUUUUGUGGAAACGUGGGAACGUCAGGUAGGUAUUGUGCUUGGCACCGCCUCUCCAUCCCACCAGAGAGUGUUUAAUUUUCCUGAGGAGGGUCUCGUGUUUUCUUCGGAUAUGGAGGGCGGGAAUUUGGCACGUGUAGAGCGUAUCAAAAGCGCGGCAUAUCAGCCGUCCUUUACGUUAUGGUUAGAGUCAGAAUCAAGGUGUGCGCAGCGGCUUUGGUUUCGUUUUGCCAUUUCAGGUGUACGGCCUCAUUGUGCCGUUUCUUUGAGGGUUGUUAACAUUCAGCCCAACACGAAGCUGUAUACUCGAAAUGGUAUGCGUCCGGUGUGGUGUGCAGGAAAUUACCCGCGCGUCUGGACACCGGUGGGAACGUGCGUGUAUCGCACCAUUAACAAUGACGAAGAUGGGGAGUUGUCGUUUGUUAUUAUUCCUCGCUGUAACGAUGUGGUUCAUGUGGCUUUCUGCGUCCCCUACACCUACGCCGACCUUCUGUGCCACAUUGCCAAUUGGCACCACUUGGUAAGGAAAAGCUUUGGUGGGAUUCGGUUUGAGGAGCGGGUUUUGUGCCACACACAAGACGGACGCAAAAUGCAUCUGCUCAUUAUCACGAAUACCAACGCCAGAACACUCUUCACUCGCAAUGAUCGGCGUGAGGAGGGGGGAAAUAAGGUGGCGCGUCAGGCUAUUCUUGGGCCGUAUGCUCAUUUUGAAACAGGGAAGAAGGUUGUGCUGGUGAGUGGGAGGGUCCAUCCAGGUGAGGUGACGGCUUCGCAUGGUAUUCAUGGAGUUAUUUCAUUUCUUCUUUCACGUGACCCACGCGCAGCGUUGGUGCGGGAGUACUUUAUUUUCUAUAUUGUGCCCAUGUUGAAUCCAGACGGUGUUGCACGUGGCCACUCCCGCCUGGACCAAAAUGGUUUUAACCUGAAUCGGUGCUACAAUAACCCCAAUCCACGAAUACAACCUACUGUGACGGCACUUCGAAAUGUGUUUGAUAAUCUGCAACAAACUUACCGUGACAGGUUUUUUAUGUAUAUGGAUUUUCAUUCACACGCUUCACAGUCCAGUGGAUUUAUGUUUGGAAACUGCCUUCCCGAGACGGUGCAGCACUGGAACAUGGUGUUCCCCAAGAUUGUGAGUCUCCAUGCAAAAAGGUUAUUUUCUUACCAACUCUGUCGCUUUGGGCGAGGACACAUGAUAAGCAAAGAGGGCAGUUCUCGUGUGCUUUUUGGCGAGAGGCUCAUCCACUCCUACACCGUGGAGCUCACCCAUUUCUCAAGCGACAGGAUGUUUGUUGACGGCACAUGUGCUGAAGAAAAUAGCAGCAACGACAGAAAUCAUGCGUCGGCGAAUGAUAAUGGGGACGCCGACAUGUGGGAUGCACAAUAUGCCAACAUUUAUGGGCCGCAGUUGCGAUCUGCCACAGCGACGCGGGGCGAAGUGAGUACACCACCAAAGUUAACCACGACGCGAUCUCGUUUGAUACGAGGGCGGAAGCCGCAGUCCUCUCGAGCAGGUUGUCCCAAACAGUGUGCGGAAAAUUGUGUAACGCGCACUAGAGGUGACUGUAGAGGUGAUCCUGACAAACAUGAGAUGUUGCGUUGUAUUGAAGUUCCAUGUAUUCUUUCGCAAAGCGCAGAGGUGGGCCGCGCAUGUGUUUUGGCACUUUUGGACUACUGCGCCGUUGGCAACUACGUCUCCCCGCAGUUUGCCGCAAGUGGUGCCCUUGAACGCACGCUGCGAGAGGUGAAGCGGAGCAUAAACCCGACUUCCACCUCGAAGCCUUUCCCAAACCGUUUGCCGUUUGCAUAUAAGCUGCGGCAACGAUGA